AUGUCAGUACAGGGUAAUAGGUUGUCAAUCAUCAGCCAAGAGGACAGCGAAUCUCCCGCGGAUGGAGUUUCCUCGAGUGCUGUCGAUGCAGAGGAGGAAGAUGGCUACACGAAGGACGAAUGGAUGGAGUUCUUUGUAGAGGAGGGCCUCGCCGCUGAUCAGCUGGCAGUGCUCGAGCAGAUCUUCCAGAAGCUUGAUACAUCAGGAGACGGCAUCCUAUCCGCCGACGAGCUCAACGCUGCUUUGAACGACCGGUCGCUGCAAAUGUCGGCAGAAACACGCCAGGCGCUGGUGGACUUCAUGUACGACGUGACUUAA